CCUCAGCUCCACCCCCCCAGCCCAUCCCUGGCCCCUCCAUUGCUCCUUGUCUUUGUGCCUGGGCCCCUUCAGUGUGUGGCUGCAAUAAACCCCAUGGGAGCUCCAUACAUGGACCUUUCCUGGCUCUGGGCUGUCAGCUGUCUGUGGGCUGGGCUGAAGGGGUUGUGCUUCAGACACAAGAGAGCAGGUGUGAGAAGGAGCAGGGAGUGCAGCAGGAGACAGGAGUGGCUCAUCCUCUGCCUGGCCAAACCCACCAGCUGAGGAGGAGCCUGCCAGGGCAACAGGUUGGCCUGGGAAAGGUUAAAGCAGCAGCUCCAGAGGUCUUGCACAUACUUGCAUCCCUCUCUGCUUUCUCCCAAACUUUGAUUCAUCCCAGACUUUUAAACUGGACAAAGACAAUUCCAGCAUGUCUUGCCAGAGCCAAGCACAAAGCUUCACCAAGGCUGAUGUGGCACAAAUCCUGCCCUGUCCCUCCUUGCCUGGGGACACCCUGCACUGUGUUUAGUGACCCUCUGACCUCAGGCUCUUGGUGGUCUCCAGGUGUACGAGCUCUUCACUGCCAUAAAUUCAUUUUUCUCUGAGGAUUUUAGGAAAAAAUCUGCAGUCCCUUCCUUCUGCUUCCCUCCACUCUGGAGAGAUGUCCCCUAACAAGGGCAUUACUCACAGAUGAGCUGAUAUAUUGAGUAUAUUAAUGACUAAAGCCAUGAAUAUAAAUGUAUUUAUUUCCGUCAUGCAUUUAAGAGCCUGGAACAAGCCACCAGUAUGGCAGAGUGAGUACCAGUAGAAACAAAACCCAGAGUGGGGUUCAACUCCUUUCCCAGUCAUUUCAACUCAUUUCCCAAUGGAUCGAUGAAAACAGAGCUCAUCUGAAGAUAGGCAUCUAAAAUGAACCUGCUCGAAUCACAGCCUUCAAGGGUCUUUAAUAACUCCAGAAUCCCUUCAUCCAUUUAGGGUUUGCUCUGUCCCAGCACCUUUGUUACUCAGGGAAGGACAAGACCUCCAAGCAGCCUCCAAAAACCAGUGGAAGACCUUAUGUGCAACGGAACAGGGGCCACGUGUGCCAAGAAAACUGUGGAGAAACAGCAGCUGAACAUUUAAAAAUCACCUCAUUUUUAUAGUUUGCAAGUUCCUCAAAAUUAACUUGAAUUUUUUCCCCCCACCCCCUCACUUUGCUGUUUGUUCUCAUGGGGUUUUUUAUCCUCACACAGGCAGCAAACAAUGGUGAAGCUGGAGCUGCAGCAUUCACUAUGCUGUCCCAAACUCUUUGCCCAACCUGCACAAAUUCCAGCUUCCUGGGAGCUGCUUUUAUCAUUUUUCCUCCAGCAGCAGUGGCUGUCCCAGCAGCAAGCAGGCACUCUGAAUUUGUUGGAGCAGUGAUCAGGGCUGCUGGCAAGCCCAGAUCUGCUUUCAGUACUCUCCUGGGGGAAUCUGAGCAUCACUCGGAUCUACCUCUGUCCAUGAAACUCUUGAACCCAAGAGCCCAAAGUUUCCCUCUCUGCCCAGGAGGAGGAGGAAGAGGAGGAGGAGGAGGAGGAGGAGGAGGGUCUGUCAUGCAAGAACAAGGACAAACCUUGUGGCUACAGGGUUUGCUGGCCUUUGGCUGUGAAAUCCCACUCUGUCCACCUCAGGACAUCACUUUUGUAUCUGUUCUUCAUCGGGGAUUUCUUCGGGCACAUUUUUUUUUAAACUGCAAUCAAGAGCCACGUGAAAAUCAACCUCCCUUCAACAGCACAAUGUGCUGGAGGAAUUUCCUCCUUAAACCCCCAUCUCCAGUCAGCUGUGCUUUGUCCCACCAUGCAGAACCCCAGGCAGUGUGUCCUGCCUUCAUCUCCUUGUUCCGUUUGUCCUGCAGUUCUCUUUUUAGAUCCCCAAAAUUUCUUGUUAUCUCAUAAACAGGAGCUUGUUAUCUGCCCUCCACUCUCUGGUCUCUGCAGGAACCAGGAGUCUGAGUGGGAAAAAAGAAAAGAAGAUUUAAAACCACGCUUGAGAGUGCUCUUUCUUUCUGGGCAAUAUGGGAGUGGCAGUGAAUUACGGUAAUGGUGAGACUGCUGCUCUGCUACAUCAGCAGGGCAGCACAGCUCCUGCUGCUCCUUCCCAGUGUGGAGCUGAGCUCUGAUCCGGGCUCGGGUCCCUCCAGGGAGCCUGGAGCCAGCCCCCCACAGCCACGGGAUUCAGGGAAUCAGCCCCACUGCCAGCUGCUGGAAUACCAGUGGGAACAUAAAGGGAGGGAAGCAGAGGAUUUCCAGGCACGGAGUCCCAUCCCUGUGUGAAAGAGGAGCCUGCUGUGCUGAAUCUCCUUCCCAGAUGCUCAGAGGAGCUGUGCUGCCUUCUGGAGACUAAAGAGGGGGGUGAGGAUCUGCAGAGAGCGCAAGAGCACGGCCCUGUGCACACAGCAAACUCCACUCUUCCCCCUCAGAGCCAGCUGAUGUAAAUGAGCUUUAAUCUGCGGCCCAGGACCUCGACUGAUGAGUGCUCCAAGUAUGGAAAGCUCUGACUGACAGCCUAGACCCUGAGGAUGGGUAUCUCAAAGAAAAUUGCUGGGCAGACACAGCAGCAACCUCUACACAGUCAGGUUUCUAAGCCAAUUUUAAGGCAGAAUCAGGAUUGACACCAGGCAGUGAAAAGUGUCGGUGAUUUCCUCUCAGAAGCUAAAUUGGAGGCCCUUUGGAAUAUUUACUUUCCUUAAAUACAGAGCCUUCCCCAAAAUACAGAAAUGAUUUUAACCUGCAGCUCCAGUACUUCUCAUCACAUAACCAUGGAAAGUGGGAUAAACAGCCUCAGGUUUGUGUAGCCCCAUUUGUGCACCCCAAGGAAAAUGCAGAAGGAGUUAAAUUUGACUCGAUACUGGUGAGUAUCAACCGUGCUAUUCUGGUGAAAGCGUAGGAGCAAAGGUAGGUUUUCUAAUAUGUUUCUGGAUCUUUCUUAUUGCUGCUGGUGCUGCAGUUUUAAGACAUUCUUCAAAACUCUAUUCCCCAGCAAGGCCAGGCAAAUGUUGCCUAUAGGACCUUCCAAGAACUGAUCUUGUCCCUGUUCCUGCCUGGAAAGUUCAGCAGCCUCACAUGGACAUUUCCAGCCAUGGCUUUCCUCCCUGGAAACUCCUCCGAGUGCUCCAACUGCACCCACUCUGUGGAGCCCGUGAACAUUUCCAAGGCCAUCUUACUGGGUGUUAUUCUAGGGGGGCUGAUUGUUUUUGGGGUUUUGGGGAAUAUCCUGGUUAUCCUGUCCGUAGCCUGCCACAGACACCUCCAGAGUGUCACCCACUAUUACAUCAUCAACCUGGCUGUAGCUGACCUCCUCCUGACUUCUACCGUCCUGCCUUUCUCAGCUACCAUGGAGAUUUUGGGCUACUGGGUCUUUGGGAGGAUCUUCUGCAACAUCUGGGCAGCUGUUGAUGUGCUUUGCUGCACUGCCUCCAUCAUGAGCCUCUGCAUCAUCUCCAUCGACCGGUACAUCGGGGUGAGCUACCCGCUGAGAUACCCCAGCAUAGUGACCGAGAGGAGGGGCCUCCUGGCCCUGCUGUGUGUCUGGGCUCUGUCCCUGGUCAUCUCCAUCGGGCCCCUUUUUGGCUGGAAGGAGCCAGCCCCCGAGGAUGAGACUAUCUGCCAGAUCACCGAGGAGCCUGGCUACGUCUUGUUCUCAGCGCUGGGCUCCUUCUACCUUCCCCUGAUCAUCAUUCUGGUGAUGUACUGCCGCGUCUACGUGGUGGCCAAAAGGGAAAACAAAGGGCUGAGCUCUGGGCUGAAGACGGAGAGAUCCCAUUCCGAGGAGGUGACCCUCCGCAUCCACCGCAAAAACGCACCCGGUGCGAGCGGCUCCGCGCCCAACCCCAAGAGCAAGCACCACUUCUCUGUGCGCCUGCUCAAGUUCUCCAGGGAAAAGAAAGCUGCCAAGACCCUGGGAAUAGUGGUAGGAUGCUUCGUUCUCUGCUGGCUCCCAUUUUUUGUAGUAAUGCCUCUUGGUUCUUUCUUUCCUGCAAUCAAACCCCCGGACACACUUUUUAAAAUAACAUUUUGGCUGGGAUAUUUAAACAGCUGCAUCAACCCCAUCAUCUAUCCAUGCUCAAGUCAAGAGUUCAAGAAAGCAUUCCAGAACGUGCUGAAAGCUCAGUGCCUCCUGAGGAAGCAGCCAGCGAAGAAGCAAACCCCCAGCUUCAACCUCAACCAUCCUGCUGGCCAGGGCAUGGAGAGUGGCAAAGGGGUGGUGAGGAUCCCUGUGGGGUCAGGAGAAACCUUCUACAAGAUUUCCAAGUCGGACGGGGUCUGCGAGUGGAAGAUCUUCUCGGCCGUGCAGGGCGUGCCCACCAAAACCGCCGUCUCCAAAGACUGCACGGCUGCCAAAGCCAAGAGCAAAGGGUUCCUGCAGGAAUGCUGCUGUCCAGGAGCUUCAGGGAGCCUCGGCCACGAGAACUGCAAAGUGCCAACCAUUAAAAUCCACUCCAUCUCCCUGAGUGAGAGCGGGGAGGAUGUGUAAGCGGCUGGGCGCACCAGGCUGCCGGCCUGGAGGCCUCGCGGGAUGGGGAAGUAGGAGUAGGUGUGGUGAUAGUUGAAAGGAUGCGAAUCUGAACAGGUGAAACAGGGCCAAAUCUUUCCAGGAAGGAUGUAUGUGAGUGCUGGGAGCAUGAACAGAGCCCCUCAAAGACUGGGCAAGGCUUCAGUGGAUGGUAUUCUGAGGGUCCAGUAUCUGCCAGGCGUUUCCUUGGCAUUUAAAGGCUUUAUCUCUCUGUUCUCCUCUUUCAAAGUUCCCACUGCUCUCAUUUAAGGGCAGUGGAGGAGAAAGAGAGAGCCACAAAGAGCCUGUGGUUGACCUUUCAGCCUCGACAGUCUCUGACAGCUCCACCUUCAGAGCCAUUUUGUGAUUCCACCCCUCCCCAUAAAGCCAAACCUCAGCUGUGGAUUUCAGUCAACUCCAUUGCCAAGGAAAACUUGAUCCAAGUGACUGCACUCCACCGAGCUUCAGAAACCAAGGAGAACUUUCCCUUUUUGUACAAUCAGCCUCCCUAAUCUCCACACCAAACCAAAUGAAAAUGUGCAUGUGCCCCUGGUUUGUUCAGACGAUCCCUACGCCUUGAUGCGGGUCUAAUAAAACUCAAAACUAGGUAAGUCCUCAUCAAACAAGGCUCAAAGAGCUGACUUGCACUCAUCCUUUUGUUUUUCACCUUCUGAGUCCAUCAGGAACCUGCUGAAAGGCUCAGCAAUUCCUUGCUCAGGUGCUCGAUAGCCAGAUCAGUGCCACAGUCACUGGAAAAGCUGCAGAUUUUUCUUGUCUCCCUGCCCAGUGUUUUGCUACAUUCCUUUUCCCGACUCCUUCAAUACCAAGUGCUCAAAGCUUUCUGUGAGAUCCUGGGUACUCUGGAGUCAGGAACUUUCCCCUUGUUCUGAGCAGGGGGAGUUAAGCAUGUUAAACAGCUUAAGGACAUCCAUCCCCAUGAGAAAGGGCCGUCCCUUGGGAAUUUGGGAGGAAAGCAUUUGGAAGCAUGUUAUAUUUUAAUACAGCUAAUCCAAAUAAAUAAAUAAAUGAGAUGGACAGCAUCUGGAAGAAAUAGUGGGAGGAAUUCUCUGUACAAUAUUAGAAAUAAGCAGCUCUUGACAUGACUCCUCCCGAGCCUGCCAAGUAAGAAUUCAGCUCCUUGAAACAGCACAUGAGCCCCUACUCUUGUCUGUGUCAGCUCCUGUGCUGAGGAUCCCCUGCCUUGAAAAGGGAAAGGGCUCGAGAUGAGUGUCAUUAUCACAGGACAGUGCCUUGAAACAACACCUUGGUAGUGUUGAUGAGAAAUCAUUAUUUAUCUCUCACUCAGUAUUAAGUCCCCAGUGUCAAGAGGAUUUGUCGCCUGUGUCUUUUAUUUAUGCACUCCCAGAACACAAACCUGUAGCAUGAUCCCGGUUUUAGUUUAAACAAGGAAUCCACAUCACUCUUAAAGUUCUUCAGGCCCAGAAUUUGAAGCUAAAAGUGUGGAAAUACCACGUAAGAAAAUAUUCUCAUGGUGCUUCAAGCCAAGAGAAGAAGGAGAAAAGCUGGAAAUCUCAUAAGAAAGUCACAUGAGACUCAUGGCCGAGGUUUCCAGUCUCACAGGGUUCAGAUACGUGGGACGUGUAUUUGGACAAAACCUGAACUUUGAAACAUUUUGAAAAAACACCCCUUAAAUUGAGCAAGGCUGGCAAGAUUUAAAGUCUUCAGUGCACAUCCUUGGUGCCCAACCCUGUCUUAUUCUACAACCAAUACUUGUUUUAUUACCAGAAAGGUCCUUUUUGCCAUCUCUCCUUUGGAGCUGGGAGAUUUACACAGGGUUGCUGCAGCAAUUUCAGAUUUAUUGAGGUUUCAUGGUGUCAGGCAAGGAGUUGUUGUGGAGCUACACAUGGAGGCUGCCACAACUGGAUUAAUUUAACUCCAGAGCAGUCCUGAUGCAGCAAUAUAAUCUGACCCUGUAAGAUGAAGAUAAAUAAGUCAACCUGCUGCUGGCAGUGUCAGGAUGGACAUGGAUAUAGCACAGUUCUCCUGCAUGGCAGAGACAGAGGUUGGAAUAAUGAAGUCUUGGUCUCAUCUUCAUCCUUUUUUUUGUCACCAAACAGAUGCUACGGGACCUCUCUGUGUCCAGUGACUCUGAAAAGCUCCCAGCCUUCAGCAUCAGGUGAGCCUGGUCCCAGCCAUGCCUCUGCUGCUGCCAGGUUUGCCAGCAAAAACAAACACAGCAUUUGCUUGGCUCCCCCAGAGAAUUUCUGCAGGAAAACUGCCUUGUUCCCUUGUCGCAAGAAGGGUCAUUGGCACUUGUCAUCUCAGUGGAUAUUUGGACUGAAAAGUCUCAAAAACCAUAGAAGGAACUCUAGGAAACAGAAAAAAAACCGUGCAGAUUGAAACAGCCCAUUUUUUUCUGUUAUUUAAAGUGAACUUGGCACUGGUGAAAGAGCUGCAGCCACGGAGGCUGAAUGUAUCUGUCAGUCUGAAAGCACAAACAGGACAAGGCUCUGAUGUCCCAGAGGCUGGACAUCAGUCAUCACUUGUAAAACCUUCCCAGCAUCAGGAUUGUGUGGUGUGAAAGCUGGCAGGAGCACAGGGCAGAGAUCAGAGAGGGGCCAGAUGGGGAGUGAGAACAGCCGAGUGCCGGGAGGUCCCCUCGAAGCCACCCUGACCUGGCAGUGGAAAUGUCCUGCCUGAAACCUCCGAGGGAUGGCUCUGACAUCCCACCAUGCUCUCGGAUCUCUGCUGGGAGUGACAGCCAAGAUUUCCAUCCUGGGGGGAGCACAGUCUCUGCUGCAAAGAGCUGGGGGCUGGAGCAUCACAGGGAUGAUUUAAUUUGCACAGACUGAGGUGAAGCAGGUCACCAACCCCUCUUCAUCCCAGGGCAGGGAAAGUUCAGUAGUCCAGUUUCCACACUCAAUUCAGAUCUACUGUCUGAUGUUUUUGAGGCUUUGUGUACUUUGCAAGAUUAUUCAAAUCUCAAAUAUUUAACUUCUGCCCACUAUCCAAAUAAAUGUCUUCUGAUUUUUAUAUUCUUUAUUUUGCUCCACCAACUCCAAGGAUAAAUUGUGCAUUGUGUAAAGGAAUAUUCUCCUUUUCCAGGCCUGAAUGUCCUGAAAAUCAAUAGCACUGAAAAGAAGAAAGAUUAUGCCAGGAAUAUUUCUUGCUUCUCUGCUUGGAGUAAGCAAAUGGGUUUCACACAGCUUCUUUAUAAAAUUUCCCUGCCUGACUUUCUUAAUUUUCUGAAAGGCAACACUGACAGGCUGCAGCACCUUAUUCUGAUUGAAGUCAGUUAAAAAAGGUCUUACUGCUCUGCAGAAGUGGAAGUGCCCAGUUCUAGGUGUGCCUGUUGGCCUUGAGCUACUGCUGCUCAUGUCUCAGUGGAGUUUUAUUAGGAACUUCAGUUUAAAAUAAAGCUACUGAGGCACAGAGCAACUCAGUGAUUCAUCCAGCAAGGUUUCAGCUGGCCCAGGCUGAAUCCCUGCUGGGUAAUCAAACUUCACAUCCUACCCAGAGAUACCUUGAUCCUCUUUCCUGUCUUAAUGUGGUUUGGAUAAGCAAGACAAGGUUGAAAAUGAACUCGAGGGGACAGGCUGUUGACACCAAUUAUUCCCAGAUGAUCUCUUCCGACAGCAGAGCUAAAGAGAAAAGCCAGUUGGUCUUCAAAGUGUUGCACUUAGCUCCAGACAGAUUUGGGACCUGCACCAGUGUUAGCCUUGGCCAGGAAGAAAAAAAUCCAACAGGUGGUGAGAGAGCUGCUCUCACAGCAGCAUCUGCUCUCUGCCUGCACCCCUCACACACUCAAAUGUUUGUGAAGGUACUUCAUAAACGACAGUGGUACAAAAA